GCUCAGUGUGAAAUUCAGUUGAAAACUCGAUCUCAACGUGAACAGAUCAACAACAAGCUCCAAUAUAAAGUCAAAAUUAGCCCUCAAAGCUAGAAAUUUAACAAGGCAAAUUUUACAGCAACUAAAAGUCAAUCAAAUUGUGUGUUUAAAUUUAACAAAAGCAAAGAAAUAUUUGUUUGGCUGUAAGAAAGAUACAUUUGAAUUGCAAGAACUAUUUGAAAUUUGUGUGCGUUUAAAAAGCAUUCGCUAGAAAAUAAUUUGAAAAAAAUAUUUUUACAACAACUACUAAAUACAACAAAAAUAAAAAAAUGUGCUCACUAAAAGUGUGUUUAGUCUUCAUUGCUGCAGUUAUUGCCAUCAGCUGCAUUAGCAGUACAAAUGCUGCUGUCUUCACACAACCCGCUGCCUUCCAUCCUGCGCAUCCUGGAAAGUGCUUCGACAAGAUCACCCGUCGUGCUAUGCUGCCGAACAAGGAAUACAAGCCGAAAGGCAUUUGCGCUGUCAUGACAUGCGACAUAUUCCGCCAAACGAUCAAUAUUGAGACGUGCCCGUACGUGGAGAUGCCCGGCUGCGAAGAGUUGCCCAGCGAUCCCAAUUGGGCGUUCCCCAAGUGCUGUGCACAAUUCAAGUGUAUGGACUUCAAGACCGGCAAGGAGUUCAUUGUGUCGGCGUAGGGAGGUCAUUAAGCUGAACUAAGCGGCACAAUAUAACUAAAUAAGAAUAACAACAAAAUAAUAAUAAUAAUACUCAAGUGCCGCAUGCCACGCGUUGAAGGCCGGGCAGGAAGUAUUCCAUGCCGAAGGGCUGCACGGAUGAAGGGAGCGGAGGCAGGUGUGCGCGUGCGGCGCGAAAACGUGAUUUUAUGCUUUUACUUACCAUUACUACCUUUAAACUACAAUUAAAACUGCAAAGUACUAUUUUUAAAUGUGUGAAUCGUCUACGAGGGAUGCGUGUCGGCAGCGUGAAAGCGCUUUUCAAAAGCCCUUAUACUCAUUAAAAAACUUCAUUAGUGUGUAAGAUUAUUUAUUGCAAAAAAAAAUCAAAAAUCAAAAAAACAAAAACAAAACAAAUUGUAAAUACUCGUCUUCGCCUAAAUUGUUUAGAAAAAAUAUUUUUGUUAAUUUUAAUUUGUAAAAAAAUAAUUUUUGUUAAUUUUAAUUUGUAAUUUUCUAAUUUUUAAUUAUGAAUUUCUUUAAUUUUUUCAAAUGUAAAAUUAUUUUUAUUUGCUAAAAUGUUAAUUUUAUUAUUAAUUUUUUUGUAAUAAUUUUUUUUUUUAAUUUUAUUAUUUUUUUUGUAAUUAAUUUUUUUUUAUUUUUUAAAUUUUUUAUUUGUUAUUAAUUUUCUUAAACUUUAAAUCUUUUUAUUUUUGUUACUUAUCUACCUUUAUUUGUAUGCCUGUUCGCAUGUUUGUUAAUAAUUAUAAGUUAAUUAUGUAAAUUCUUGUAAAAAAAAUUCUCAAAUCAUUAAUUAUGGGUUAGCGUUCUUGGCUUGCCCAUUUACUUUUAGCCUUAAAACUGUAUUAAUUAUAGUAUUUAUUAUAUAAGAUUUGGAAAAGAUGAAUUGAAAUUAAAAAAAAAAAAACAAAAU